CUCGCCAGAAAGUGUAUAAUAUAGCCAAUGAGCUGCUGCAGACAGAGAAAGCUUACGUGUCCCGAUUACAUCUCCUGGACCAGGUGUUCUGUGCUCGGCUCAUGGAGGAAGCUGGCACCAAGGGCUCGUUUCCUAUUGAAGUAGUUAUGGGAAUUUUCUCCAACAUCUGCUCCAUAUAUUGCUUCCAUCAGCAGUUCCUGCUGCCUGAGCUGGAGAAACGAAUGCAAGAGUGGGACAGUAACCCUCGGAUCGGGGACAUCCUCCAGAAGUUGGCUCCAUUCCUUAAAAUGUACGGGGAGUAUGUUAAGAACUUUGACCGAGCCAUGGAGCUGCUGAACACAUGGACCGAGCGCUCAUCCCAGUUCAAGAUCAUCAUCCAGGAAGUGCAGAGGGAGGAGGCGUGCGGUAACCUGACAUUGCAACAUCACAUGCUGGAGCCUGUCCAGAGGAUCCCACGUUAUGAGUUGCUCCUGAAAGACUAUCUGCUGAAAUUAUCCGAGGAGUCGGGAGACCGAAGGGAUGCAGAGAAGUCUUUGGAUUUGAUUGCGACAGCGGCUGAGCACUCUAAUGCAGCUAUAAGGAAAAUGGAGCGGAUGCACAAGCUUCUGAAAGUGUAUGAACUCUUAGGCGGUGAGGAAGAUAUCGUGAGCCCUACUAACGAGCUGAUAAAAGAGGGACACAUUCUGAAACUGUCGGCAAAGAAUGGGACCACCCAGGACAGAUACCUCAUACUGUUCAAUGACCGCUUACUGUACUGCGUCCCGAAGCUGCGUCUGAUUGGUCAGAAAUACAGCGUGAGAGCCAGGAUUGAUGUGGAGGGGAUGGAGCUGAAGCACAGCAGCAGCCCCAAUCUGAUCAGGACAUUCCUAGUGUCUGGGAAACAGCGAUCCCUGGAGCUCCAAGCCAGAACUGAAGAAGACAAAAAAGACUGGAUUCAGGCGAUUGAAGCUAUGAUGAUCCGACAUGAGCAGACAGUGGAGACCUGCAAGCUGCUUAAUUCCUCCCAUCGGGAAGAUGAAGAGACUCCCCCAAACUCACCGAACACAGACCUGGGCAAGCGAGCACCAACCCCAAUAAGGGAGAAGGAGGUGACCAUGUGCAUGAAAUGCCAAGAAGCUUUUAACUCUAUAACCAAACGGAGGCACCACUGCAAGGCUUGUGGACAUGUGGUUUGUGGAAAAUGCUCAGAGUUUCGUGCCAGGCUUGUUUAUGACAAUAACCGAACAAAUCGGGUGUGUGUGGACUGCUACGGUGCUCUGCAUGGUUCUGUGUCCAGCCCAGGUUACAAUUCCCACACACCUCAGCGUAGGAAAUCUAUCCUAGAGAAACAGGCUUCGGUGGUGGCUGAGCACAGCGUAUUGUGCAGUUACAUGCAUUAUAUGGAGAAAGGAGCCAAGAGCUGGCACAAAGGCUGGUUUGUCAUCCCUCAGAAUGAGCCCCUGGUUCUGUACAUAUAUGGAGCUCCUCAGGAUGUGAAAGCUCAGCGGAGCAUCCCCCUGAUUGGUUUUGAGGUGACCCCAACAGAACAGUGUGAGCGUUCGGAUCGCAAGCAUGUCUUCAAAAUCAGCCAGAGCCAGCUCAGCUUUUACUUCAGCCCCGAAACAGAGGAACUGCAACGCCGCUGGGUGAAAGCACUGUCCCGAGCUGGCCGGGGGGAAGACUACAACUCCAAACACUUAAUCCCGGAGACUGAGGAAGAGACUGAGGGGACUGGGGAAACCCUAGGGGACACUUGAGGACUCGUACGCUACACUACCCUCUUGGAGAUACCUAAAAAGGGGUAGAGCUUGAACUAAUUCAUUUCAUCUUCAAACAGGGGACUAUUGUUGGUGUGGAGCUGGACUUGUUGCAGCACCACAUGGGGAGGGCUGGACUCACCCAUAGUACUUCCAUGAUCUACGAAAGACCUGAAAGAAUUGAGCUGAACUUCAAACCCAGAGGACUUGUGUAGAAUUGAAUCGCUUCUGGGAAAGCUGAAUGGGAUGGGGCUGGACUGACCCAUCAUCACUCAUACAGGAAGAAGUCGGAUGGCUGGAUUGACCCAUUAACACUUCCUUCCCUGGUCAACAUAUGCUUCCAUGCUCUCAUUCUUCACUCAAACCCAUCACCGGCACUUUCUCUUUUUUUUUUUUUUUAUAUGUUAUGUAUUAUAAUUAUUUUAAUAAUAUUUAGCAACACUUUUUUAAGUUGUUAUUUUGCUUGUUGCGGAACCCUGUGUUCCCUUUUAAAGUUUUUACCAUCAUUCCAAAAUUCAAUGCUCAUGCGUCCCAAAGUAGCCUGUUCGUACGUGAGGUCCUUUGUAACAGGGACGUGAGAGAACCAGGAGCAGAGUGAAGUAAUCCAGUUACUGGACGGGAAGUAAAGGACCAUAAACCAUAGGAAGACAUGUACAGAACCAGGGAAAUAACAGCAACUAGCUCUGCACCGCCUGUCACUAUCCCAGGUUACUUUAUACACACACCUUAAUGCAGGGCCAAAUUGACAAUGACAAAUCAGUCAUCCGUGGCACCUAAUGAAUCUAUGACAGGAGUAUUCAACAUGCGGUCGGCCUUCCAGCUGCUGUGGAACUACAAAUUGCAGGAUGCCUUGCCACAGUUUUGCUAUUGGUGCAUGCUAAAACUGUGGCAGGGCAUGCUGGGAUGUGUAGUUCAACAGCAGCUGGGGGACAUAUGUUCAAUACCCCUAAUCUAGAGGUUUAUAGGGCUUAGAGCAUUUUUUUCCCAAAAUCAGUGAAUAAGUGCACUGGACCGAUAAAGUAUACAAUACACACACACACACCAGUAGUAUUACUAUUCUGUAAAAGCAGAUCAGGUAGGAUGAAGCAGAGAUCAACCUUCGCAAUGUGAAGGGACACUUAAACCUAAAACAGAAUCCAAAGGGAUGUCAAUGACACGCCAAGGUUUCAAUAUUGAGUGUAUAGAAGAUUUGACACUGCUCUCAGCGAGCCAAUAAGACGGAGAAAAAGUAUUGUCCUGUAUUCCUUUCCGUUGGCAAUGACUAUAUAUUCCAGCUGUUAGUGUGUUGGGUGCAGAUGUUUCCUCAAUGAUCACUUUCCCCUGUUUCAUAGUAUUCCGCAUAACAACAAUAGCAGACGUGGCCAAAAAACUUUUUUCCACCUGUUUCCUAAGCUCUGACUAUAUGUAACUGUAACAGGCUCAAGUGGACAAUGUCUGCUUUAAUCUUUCGUCACUCCGGAGAAUGUGGCCUUUAAACUAGUAAAUUAGUUGAAUGGGGCAGUUCAAAUGACCUGAGCCAAUAGGAUUCGCACUGGUCACGCUAGGGGGACUGUAACUCCAAAUAAUGAUUUGCUUGGUUAUGUUAUGCACCGGGCUAUAAAUAUACUUACAUAGCUUUAUUGUAUCACCCCGUACAGGUUACAAGGACAUUAUGGGUGGUAUUCAAAUGAUAUAUCAUGCCCAAUCUCCUUUCUAAAAUGAUCCCCGUUAUCUCGCAUAUUGCGCCCAUAGUAAUCAGGUUUAGCUGUGUAAAGGGUUGGGUGCCUAGUUACCCCGGGGGGUAGUGAGCUGAAAUGAUGAUACGACGCCCCCGAGGGCAGAAACAGAAAAGGUGUGGAAGGGGGUGAAAAGAAUUGAAUAUCGCCCUAUGUGUCUGCUGAGUCCUUGUCCGCUUUGUCAUGCGUUCAGUGAUUAUUCGCCCCUUACUAGGUUUUAUUUCCAUUGUCAGCCAGCCGCGCCGGCUUCUGGAGCAUAUAAAGGAACUGCAGUCAGGGGAACAAAUAUUUAAUGGAAGACCACAGCAGCGCCAUAGAAACCAGGUCAUUCUAGAACAGGAAUAUUUGAAAAUAGUCAUCACUUAGUAUUUACAAUGAAAAAAUCUGAAGGAAUUAAAAAAAAAAAAAGUCAGAUGACAAAGUACGCAAUUAACUUGAAAUAUCACUAAGGGGUCAAUCCAAUUAGCCGCGAUGAUAUCGCGGGAGCGAAUCAUCUCGGCAGCGGCCGCACUUUGCGGCAGCCCAAACUUGCCCAAAAGUGCUCGCUGCCCCUUAGGGUAGCGAGCAAUUUUGUGCGAAUUCAGGCAGAAUCCAGGAUGUGAAGGGUGCAAGAUUGGGUACUGUUGCCGGCAUUUAAAUGCCAUGGCAGCGGCACUUUGCACCCAUCGCAGAUAAUUGGCUUGACCCCAAAGACUAUUAAAGUAAUAUAGUAUGUAUAGCUGUAGCUCAAGCCAUUAGGGCAGAGGGGUUGCUGCACUUUUUGGGCCGCUACCCCCAUGGUUCCAUAAACUCAUUCCCCCCCCCCCCCCCCCCCCCCCGACCUAUUGAGGAAGAUAAUAAUACAAAACUGUAUUUACAUUUUAAACAUUAUUUAAAUCCAAUCUGACCCCUGGUAGAACUCUGUAUCCGUUUACAUGGUCGACCAUGUUAUGGUCGACAGUCAUUAGGUCGACCACUAUUGGUCGACAUUGACAUGGUCGACAUGGACACAUGGUCGACACGUGAAAAUGGUCGACAAAUGAAAGGUCGACACAUGAAAAGGUCGACAUGAGUUUUUUAACUUUUUUUUCUUUUGGGGAACUUUUCCAUACUUUACGAUCCAAGUGGACUACGAUUGGAACGGUAAUCUGUGCCGAGUGAAGCGGUAGCGGAGCGAAGGCACCAUGCCCGAAGCAUGGCGAGCGAAGCGAGCCAUGCGAGGGGACACGGUGCACUAAUUGGGGUUCCCAGUUACUUUACGCAAAAAACGACACCAAAAAAAGGAGAAAAAAAACUCAUGUCGACCUUUUCAUGUGUCGACCUUUCAUGUGUCGACCAUGUGUCAAUGUCGACCAAUAGUGGUCGACCUAAUGACUGUCGACCAUAACAUGGUCGACCAUUCAUACCGGAACCGUAGAACUCACCUACCCCAAAUGGGGCUAUACUGCCCAUUUUGACAACCACCAUUAAAAAAAAUAAAAAAUUCACAAAAAAUUCUGUUACAAGGAAUACUAUAGAAAGAGUUGGAAUAUAGUAUACAUAGCCUCAAUCUGCAUGUGACUGUUACUAGUGUGUGACAUGUUUUAGGUUCAGUGUUCCUUCCAAUGAUAAAUGUGUAAGUCUGGAGAAGUAGAUGCCACAAUCAACCUAAAUCGCAAGAUGGAACCAACAUUUCUGUAUUUAUCAAAGCUCAUUCCCGAAUUUGGAAUACUGACCCGUAAACGCCUAAACUCAAUGACGAUUGUGCUAGUAGACCUAGAUUUGCAGAGUGACUAGUGCCAAGUAACAACAUUUUCACUUGUAAAUUGUACCAAAUCCUACAAGUUUUAAUAAUUAAAUAAUUUUGGAAGAAUACAUUCUAUUAAUACUUUUGUAAUAAUUGCCGGAUAUAAGACGUCAAGCGUAUCCGCAUAAUCCACAGGUGAAUAUUGUGCAGCAAAUUUAGGGCAGUGGUUCUCGACUCGUUUCCUCAACAGGUCAUGUUUUCUAGAGUUCUUUAAUUAUGCACGGACGAGUUCAUCUAUUUUGCUGUUGUGCCAACUGUUUCUAUAGACAGAAAUCCUUAAAACAUGACCCGUUGGGGGUAGGUGAGGCUUGGAGGAGAUGAAAGCCACUGAGUUAGCAUGUUCUCUCCAGUAUGUCUUUACUAUACAGUAAGUCUGUAUGUAUUUUAUAUGCCUUUGCUGUCCUGUGAUUAUACCCUUUGUACUGUGUUUUGGGCACAGAUGUGCUGCCAGUAUCAACAGCCCUGCACACUUCUCUGCUUCCAAUCUCUGUGACUUGUUGGGUGGAGGAAUAGCAUUGGUGGCAGGCCACUAGGGAUGUUUUAAACGUAUUAAACGCCUCACCCCACUAGGUGCUAGAGGUAUGUUCUGUUUGUUCAAUACAGUCUGUUUAUUGCAA